ACAGUCAGACCGGACAUAAGGACGUUCCUUGUCCCUCUUCUUCUCCUGUUUCUUCCUUCCACAAAAUUUCAAUCUACCAAAUUAGGGUUUCCAUUUCCUCUUUUUCCCUCGAAUUCCUCCGCUGGAUCUGUUCAAGAAUGUGUUUAUGUUCUUUUUAUGCUUCCAUAUGGGUGCCAUUGUAAGUGGUGAGUCUGGUGACAGAAUAGAGAGUGAUGUGAUGCUUAGUUGAUGCAACAUCACAAUCACAUUAGAGUUUCCUGACCAUCCUUGCAAUUGCGAGCAUUUCUGGAUCAAGAUGGAUGAGGGCGGGCAUCGUGAAAAUGGAAGACACAAAGCAGAUCAGUAUAGAACAGCUCAGGGUCAGUGGCUGAUGCAUCAGCCAUCAAUGAAGCAAAUAAUGGCCAUUAUGGCUGAAAGAGAUGCAGCUAUCCAGGAAAGGAAUUUAGCACUUUCUGAAAAGAAGGCAGCUAUAGCUGAGAGAGAUUUAGCAUUUCUGCAGCGAGAUGCAGCAAUUGCUGAGCGAAAUAAUGCCAUGAUGGAACGGGAUAAUGCCAUUGCAAAUCUCCAGUACCGGGAGAACUCCUUGGCUAGUGCUAAUAUGUCCUCUUGCCCACCAGGAUUCCAAGUUUCACGAGGAAUGAAGCACAUUCACCAUCCACAGCAGAAUGUACGUAAUCAGUCUCACAUGAAUGAAGCUCCUUACAAUACAAGGGAAAUGCAUCCAAGUGAUGUCCUCCCAGUGACACCGGGUACUUCAGAGGCUGCUAAGUCAAGGCGAGGUAAACGAACAAAAGAACCAAAGGUGAUUCCAUCUGACAAGGAGAUUAAUAAGAAGGCUUCAAAACCUCCAAAGAAGGUUAAGAGGGAAACUGAGGACCUGAACAAGAUGAUGCUCACCAAGUCACAAGAAUGGAAGGAUGGGCAAGAUAUGGGUGGUGGGAGUGAUGAUCUCAACAAACAGAUAGUCACAACAAAGACUGAUUGGAAAGGUCAGGAUCUAGGGUUGAAUCAGGUGGUAUUUGAUGACACGACAAUGCCAGCACCCGCGUGCUCUUGCACUGGAGUCCUGAGGCAGUGCUACAAAUGGGGAAAUGGGGGGUGGCAGUCUUCAUGCUGCACAACCUCGUUGUCCAUGUAUCCCCUACCAGCAGCUCCCAACAAGCGACAUGCCCGAAUUGGUGGCAGGAAGAUGAGUGGGAGCGCUUUCAACAAGCUGCUAAGCCGGCUUGCAGCUGCGGGGCAUGAUCUGUCAAAUCCUGUUGAUCUAAAGGACCAUUGGGCCAAACAUGGGACAAACCGCUAUAUCACCAUAAAGUAGGCUGUAAAUUAUUUAGUUGGAAGCAUAAAGUUUUCAAGUUAUGCAGCCUCUGUUUCUCUCAUUAGCUACGGAGGAGAACAAAUAAGGCUGACAAUGGCCUCAGAUUCCGGCCAUUUUGACUUUAGAUAAUCACUGAUGUUCGAUAAGAUGAUCGGCCUCCGAUCAACUUCCUCAUCUCCACGGUAUUCCACUUGUUAGGAUAUCCAUUAGGCCUGUAGGCUGUAGUUAAAUGUGUACUUAGUCUGUAACUGUACCCUUUACUUUUCGGCUUAAUAAUCGUGUACCUCAUGGCCUAAAAGUCUUGUACCUGUACUUAAUUACUUUUAAUGUUUCAUUGUUCUCCUAAUUAUAAAAUAAUUUGGUCAAU